AAAUGGCUUCACCUCGCCUCAUGCAUGGGCCACCCCUGCUGCUUGCUUUGCCGUUGGAAGCUGAAAAGGGAAAAAUUCUACUGAGCAAUGGUGGAUGCAAUGCCUCAACAGACAAGUUUCGGGCUUCCCUAAGACUCAACUUCUGCAAUCAAAAUCAGAAUAGGUCCUCAGAUAAUUCUACUUGCAAAGUGUGCCCUUUGCAAUGGCAGCUCCACAGGGACAAGUGCUACUGGCCAUCAGAAAAUAUGAAAACCUGGGAUGAGAGCCAACAUGACUGUUCAACAAGGGAUUCUCAACUGCUGGUCAUCCUAGACAAGGAGGAGCUGGAUUUCAUAGAAAGCAUUACUGAAAAUUCAAAAUACUGGAUUGGACUCUCACUAUUAAAAUCGAAGAAGAAAUGGAUUUGGAUUACAGGCUCCCAGCUUGAUCAGAGUCUAUUUCCAGAACCAGACUAUGCUAAAGGAAACUCUUGCGCUGCAAUAAGAUAUAAAAUUAUCUCUGAACGCUGCAGUACUGAACUUAGGUGGAUUUGCCAGAAAGGCCCUCUCCUACUCUGAUAUUUUAGUUUGAUAAAUGUAAUAAUUAUGUGGGUUUUGGUUAUUUGCUAGGAACACAUAAUAAAAAUGUCAUUGAGUGACUGAGAAGAUUAUGUAAAGGUAUUAUUCUAUUGUCAUCAAAAUACCUCUUUGUGAAAUCCAGAGGUAGCACACCUAAAAUGGAAUUCUAAGUCAUUUUAUGUUGGCUAUUAAAAGAUUGGUUUUAAGUCACAAUUGCGGAUCAGCUGUAGAAUUUGACAGUGCAAAAUAAACAACAACAACAAUAAUACCCCCCCCAACUGACUGGGUUUCCCCAGCCACUCUGAGCAGCUUC